AUUCUCUAUAGUUUUCUGAGUGUUUACAAUAUUUCAUAACUUUUGUCAUGCCUAGCCUGACCAGCAUCAUGGCUAGGGCUGACCUCACUUUUCAUAGCAAGAGAAUUAUUGCCUCCUGUGGCCAGUAGGUGGGGAUGGCCUAGGGAGGUGGGCCUAGAAGUGAGUUUCCAUCCCAGUGCUCCUCCUUCUACCUCCUGCUUUUUAGGGGCCAGACCUUCAGCAGAGAAGAGGAAAAGGUGGAGUGAAACCUCUUUUUAUAAUUCUUUGUUGGUAAGAGACAGCAGUGAAGAUGAGAUUAGAGAUAACUAAUCUGGUGCUUCUGAGUGUCUGCGUCUAAGCCACUGUUAACCCAUCAGAAUGGAAAUCAGGCCACUGGAGGCUUCUCUCUGGCUUGUUCAGGAAGCAGGUUAAACCUUUCACCUCAGAACGCCUUAUGUUUUGCCGUUUAUAAAAUGGGGAAAUCCACUUUCUACCCCUUCCUGUCUUAACAGAUUAGAAUGAGGAUAAGCGAUAACUUGUCUAUCAAAUAUUAGGAGUUUCUUAAAGAGCUGCAAAAAAAAAUCCACACUGCCUCCCUGGAUUGCCUGCCUUCCUCCCUUUUCUUGACCUUUAGAUGCUCCAUCAGCUUCUGUAGUCCUUUUACUACUCAGCAGGAAGCCACUACUCAAUUUUAAGCAAAUAUGUUCACUUGGGCCUGGUGGUGGUACGUUAUGAUAUGGGACUGCUGCUUGCCCCCAAAACAGAACAAAUCAUUUCAGAUUUCCCAACCAUACUUAUCUAUGUGUGACUCUGUGCAGGUCACCCCCUCUGGACCUCAGUUUGAUCAUCAUCAUCAAAAUACCGCCACCACCAUCUUUGCAGCAAAUACUUACGGGGUGCUUACUGUAUGUCAGGAGCUGUUUUAAGCAUUAAACUGACUUAGCUUUCCCCGCAGCCCUAUAAAAUAGGUAUGUCAUUAUCCCAGUUUGUAGGCAAGGACAUAGGAAGGUUAGAUAACUUGUCCAAAGUCUCACAGCUGGCAAUUGGCAGAGUCAGGACUUGAACUCAAGCAGUCUGGCUCCAGAGUCUAUCCCUUUAUCCAGUGCCCUGUCUCUUGGGUGAAAUACAGGAGUGCAACUUAAAUGAACUGACGUAUGGGAAGCACCCAGCACAGACACUGGCAAUAGUAGAUGCUCAAUAAAUAGUCGCUUUGAUGAGGUGAUCUCACCCAACAUUCUGUAAUUCAUUCUGUCUUUAUUUUUCAGAGGUCAGCCUGGGGAGUGUGGGGAAGGAGAGAUCACAGCUGAGCUGGGUGAUUGUUCUGGUCCAAGUAGCAAAUCAGCCAAGUCAUGCCUUUUAUUUUUAAACACACACAUACCUCCUCAGACUGGUGGAUUCCUUUCAAGAUUGGGCAGCCCAAGAAGCAGAUAGUCCCCAAAACAGUGGAGAGAGACUUUGAAAGGGAGUAUGGAAAACUCCAGCAGCUGGAGGAGCAGACCAAGAGGCUGCAGAAGGACAUGAAGAAGAGCACCGAUGCUGACCUGGCCAUGUCCAAAUCUGCUGUGAAGAUAUCCUUGGACUUGCUCUCCAAUCCCCUCUGUGAGCAAGACCAGGACUUUCUGAACAUGGUCACAGCCCUGGACACAGCCAUGAAGCGGAUGGAUGCCUUCAACCAGGAAAAGGUGAACCAGAUUCAAAAGACGGUGAUUGAACCCUUAAAAAAGUUUGGCAGUGUCUUCCCGAGCCUCAACAUGGCAGUGAAACGACGGGAGCAGGCCUUGCAGGACUACAGGAGAUUGCAGGCCAAGGUGGAGAAGUAUGAGGAGAAGGAGAAGACAGGGCCAGUGCUGGCCAAACUCCACCAGGCCCGAGAAGAGCUUCGGCCCGUGCGGGACGACUUUGAGGCCAAGAACAAGCAGCUCCUGGAUGAGAUGCCACGGUUCUACAACAGCCGACUGGACUACUUCCAGCCCAGCUUUGAGUCCCUGAUCCGAGCACAGGUUGUGUACUACUCUGAAAUGCAUAAGAUCUUCGGAGACCUGACCCAACAGCUUGACCAGCCUGGCCACCCGGACGAGCAUCGGGAACGGGAGAAUGAGGCCAAACUGAGCGAGCUCAGAGCCCUCUCUAUUGUGGCUGAUGACUGAGUCCCAGCCCCCUCGGAAGGCCCUGGGGUCAUGUCAGCCUCUCUAGUUCGCCCUUUUCAAGCUUGGACUCAGGCGUCAGCCAGCAAAAGGGCCUCCCCUGGGAGAAGUAUGGGGAUGGCAGCAGCUCCUGCUCUACCUCACUAGCCCUCUGGAAUAAGCCUGGCACCAAGAGCCCCGAACAGGCUGCUAUCUCCCCACCCACAGCAAGAGCCCGCAGACAGGUAAACAAUGUAGGGGCUUUCUUAUUUCCAAAAGAACCAUCCAAAGUGCAUCCUGGCCUAGGGCCAGAGCAAGCUCCUAGCCUUCAUCUUUGAAGGGCAUGGGCUUUGUCAUCUCACUCGAGGUCUUAGCCAUGCUUGCAUGGUUGGGAUCACAUCUACCUCCAAAAGACCCAUCCUGGGGAGUCCACCCACCCUUGUUGCCUUUCCACUUCAGACUGUCUUUCCUGGGAGAGGUCCGUGACACUGCCCUGGGGAAUAUGAGAGCUGUGGUCCUUCAGUCCUGACAGGCCCCUCACUCCAGCCUCCGCUUAGCCCACUUCCAGCCCUUAGGUCAAGUGCAAGGAAGUGCCCCAAGUCUUGUAGGUUCCCUAGGAAAUCGGGACUCAACUCAUGUAAAUAUCCUAUCACACACAAUGUCACAGACCAAUUCACAGGCCUCAAAGCAAGAACAGUGGGUUUAUGUCUCACCUAUUUGGAAUGUUUUUAUUUUUUCAAGUAAAGUUUUAAAUAAAAUUUCCACAUAUUAUUGUGCUGUAACUAAAAGGAGGGGAGAGCCACCCCAGGUUUUUUUUCAGGCUUAUGCUGCCCCCUGGUGAGCUGGCAGGACCCCUACAGCAGCCAUCUCCUGACCAGCAGGCAGCAGAGCCCAGAGCACAAGGAGCUCUUCCUGCUUUGCCACCCUGCCCCUCCCCGCCUUCGGGAGGUGGCUACACCUCAGAUCCAGCAGAGGCAGGGCCCAAGGCCGGGAGGAAGGGAGGGAGCAUGGACAGACCUAGAAGAGGAGGAAGAGAAGAGCUAUGGAGGACACUUGGUUUGUUUUUGACUUUGGUUUAUUUAAAAAACAAAAAGCCAAAAAAAAAAAAAAAAAAAAACAACUUUAUAUACAAA